AGGAACUGCAAAGGUGUUGGUGUCUUUCCUGCUUCUUUCUCUGUCCUCCUGACUCCUACUUUUCCUACUCCUUACAGGCCACCAAUAUCCUAAUUCCUUCCCCGGAUUACUUUGCUUUUGUGUAGAAUGUUCUACCGGCCGUGUAGAUUUCUCUACACAACAGUAGUUUUGCUUAGCUUGAAAUUCAGCCGUUGAUCGUUGCAGCUGGUUUCCAUUGUAUUUUGUCUGCGUCUUCCCUCAUUGUUUCUUUGACGACGUUUUGAGGCUAUCUGUGCAAGGCACUUAGAACUCCAACUUGUUCAUUUGUUGAAUGACACUGGGCCCCAGACUGAAUGUUAACAAUUCACUUGAUCUGCCUGGUCCUCUGCCCUUCGCCCCAGUGCUGAAGAUCCUGAUAACUCUUCCACCCUGAGUUAAUUACAGUUGUAAAAACUUCAUGACUAACUAGAAGAAAACAGGUGCCUCCCAAAGCAGCGAAGACUGCAUUUCCCCGAAAACACUGCGGUAGGUUCUCUCUGACGCGGUUUACGCAAUGCCUUGGCGAAUUUCCGGGUUGUGUGGGUGGAACCAAGAGUCGCCCAAUGAGCACUUGUGUCGGGUGAGGGGCAGGGACGUUGUCCAAUGAGCUUCGUGGUGGAGGCGCCAAUGAGCAGGAUGGUCGCUGGGCAGCCGUCGUGGGCGGCGUCAUUGAGCCGCGCCAGCUGAGCCAGGUGAAACCCAUUGGCUCUCGAGGAUUCUUGUUUGCGGCUCGCUCUUUUUCCCGGACGCUUGUGUCUACACUGCUUUCAUGUCCCUGGUGGGCACGGCACCCCGGAGCCUCCGAGUCCAUGGCCGCUAGCUUGAGGGAGCCGUCCUUCAACACCUCCUCCUCGCCGUCGAGCUGCGACACGGACGACGAGGGCGUGCGUGGCACCUGUGAGGAUGCUUCUCUGUGUAAGAGGUUUGCAGUGAGCCUCGGCUACUGGCAGGAUCCCUACAUCCAGCACUUCGUGAGACUGUCCAAAGAGAGGAAGGCCCCCGAAAUCAACAGAGGAUAUUUUGCUCGUGUCCAUGGUGUCAGUCAGCUCAUAAAGGCGUUCCUACGGAGGACCGAGUGCCGUUGUCAGAUCCUCAACCUCGGGGCAGGGAUGGACACCACCUUCUGGAAACUAAAGGAUGAAGAUCUUCUGCCGAGUAAAUAUUUUGAAGUGGAUUUUCCAAUGAUAGUAACGAGGAAGCUGCACAACAUUAAAUGCAAGCCGGUCCUGUUAAACCCCAUUGCAGAGGUGCACUCGGAGGACGCGCUUCAGAUGGAUGGUCACAUGAUGGAUUCAAAGAGAUACGCCAUUGUUGGAGCAGAUCUCCGAGACCUAGCUGACCUGGAAGAGAAAUUAAAGAAAUGUAACAUGAAUACACAACUGCCAACCCUCCUGAUAGCCGAAUGUGUGCUGGUUUACAUGACGCCGGAACAGUCUGCAAACCUCCUCAAGUGGGCAGCCCGCAGCUUCGACACGGCCAUGUUCAUAAACUAUGAGCAGGUGAACAUGGGUGAUCGGUUCGGCCAGAUCAUGAUCGAAAACCUGCGGCGACGACAGUGUGACCUGGCAGGCGUGGAAACCUGCAGAUCGCUGGAGUCGCAGAAAGAGCGGCUGCUGGUGAGUGGGUGGGAGACGGCGGCGGCAGUGGACAUGAUGGAGUUGUACAGCCGGUUACCACGCGCCGAGGUGAACAGGAUAGAGGCCCUGGAGUUCCUGGACGAGAUGGAGCUUCUCGAGCAGCUCAUGCAGCAUUACUGCCUGUGCUGGGCGACCAAGGGUGGACGUGAGCUGGGUCUGAAGGAGAUAACCUACUGACCAGGAGAAGCUGGCACUGCCCGCCUUCCUGGAGGAGACGCUGUGCCCUCCUCGGCCCUGGAGAGGCCCCGCUGACGUCCAGCCCCGCACUGUGGGGCCGCUGGUCACAAAGUUGUCCUUCCUGUUCCUUUUGCCUUGUUGUUUAAAUAAAUCUCACUUGCCAAUU